AUGCAGUCAUCCAUAUCAUCGCGGCAAUCCGACAUCGAUAAACUACUGCUGCGCGCAACGAUAAGCUCUCUCGGUGUCCCUUCCGGCCCACGCACCUUAGACACAACGCAAGCUCUCGUCAAGGAAGAGCUAAAAAACCGCCUGAUUCAUGAAGGAAUUGGAAGGGGAGCUAGAAUACCGUUGAAAAACUCCAUUUUCUAUCAACUUAUUCUCAAAACUACUCUCCAACUAGGUGAUAUCAAAACAAUUCAGUACGACAAAACAGGACCAUCUGCAUACUCCGGAGGCAAAUGGAAAUUCCACUGCAGGUGGAAACGAAUUAAACGUACUCAUGGCGCAAAGUAUGUUGACGACAGUACGGAGGACAACGGCACAGAGGAUGAGGAUACAGAGGGUGAGGAUACAGAGGAUGAUGAGGACGGCGAUACAGAUAUCGAUGACGCAGAGAUAGAGGGUACAGUGCUCGGCGUGGAGGUUUCUUUCGACUCCGUGAUCCCUGGCCAAUCCGAAUCAGAAACAUGGGACUCCCAAGAAUACCAGCCUUCUGGAUCGAGGAAAAGACGCAGACAGGUGCCCGUGACGACUGAAAAAGAUUUUCGACGUCUCUUUUACACCAUCCAGUAUCACCUGUGUCACAAACUGAUACCCCACCUCCUCUUCAACAUCCCGCCUGGAUCCCGGUAUUGGUCUGCAGAGUUCGCCACCUCUCCCAUACCAGACGAAUACAACAGUCCGAAGCCCGACAUAGCCCUUUUUGAUUUCGCACUCAAAAACAUGGAGAAGACAUGGGCAGACGUCCUGUCCUUUGUGGAGCAUACCUCCAGUGAUCUCGGUAAAAAGCGAGAUAUACCAGUGUUCUGGGGAUCUACGAUCAAAGCAUACCUCAUUAUGAGAGAUCAACCGUGGCGUCGAUUCGUCGUUGUGUUUUCGAUUUGUGCCAAUCAGCUUCGCGCCCAUUACCUUGACCGCUCCGGUCUCAUCAUAUCCUACCCCUUCCACAUCCACGAGAACACAGGCCCUAUACGACUCACAGAAAUGUUAGGUACCCUCACUCUGUCGGAUAGUCAUCACUUGGGUUUCGAUCCGACGAUGCACAUGUGUAACGCUGCAUGUGUAGGCACCCAUUUGAAUUUAGCACACGAGGCGAAGGGCUGGGUGAAGGACAAUCUCAACCAAAUGUAUUCUAUCAUGGAGGUUUUGUGGAAGAGCCAUGGGCUUUUCUGUCGUGGGACGGUUUGUUAUCGUGUCGUCGAUGAGGCAGGGAAUGAGUACGCUUUAAAAGAUUGUUGGGUGACGGAGGAGAAAAGAAACCACGAAGCGACCAUCUUGGAGAUGGUCAAGGGUAUCCCUAAUGUUGUCCAACUCAUAGACCAUUGGGAUGUGUAUUACGAGGGGGAGCCUGACUGCACAGCGCGCAUUCGCAGUCAAUAUGACACGAACCAUCGGGACGACUUGGCGUUCUGCAACAGAUUCCACCGUCGCAUUCUCUUGUCCCCCUGCGGACAGCCAUUAUCUAAAUUCAGCUCUAGACAGGAACUGCUCACCGCCUUUCAUGCCUUUGUAGUUGCUCAUCAUGCGAUGAUUAGGAACCGAGUCUUACACGGGGACCUCAGUCCCAAUAAUUUUGUCAUUCAUAACGGUAUCGGCUACUUUAUCGAUUUUGAUCACGCUUUGAUUCUAGCGGAAGGCACGACUAGCGCUUAUUCGCAUGGUACAGGGACCAUGCCCUACAUUUCUAUCCGUAUUCUCCAGGCUAUGCUGGAUCUACUAGUCCCGCUUGAGGUCAACGUGAACAUUCCGAAUGAUGUGAACAGCAUCAGGGCAGACAACAUCGACGUUGGCGAGAACAUCGACUUUGUUCCGCAGGACGCCAAUGCCCCGCAGGAUGCCAAUGUCCCGCAAAAUGUCGCCGCUGGCACGCAUCUAAUUGAACACCGGCCCAGCGAUGACCUUGAGUCGUUAUUCUAUAUUUUUUUCGAGUUUGUUGUGAUGUAUGGGGGGCCACACGGCCAAUUGGCACCCACUUGGUCUCUGCAAACUUUGCCGUGGGCGUGCGCCUAUGAGGCCUUGGGCAAGGUGGCUUUGAGCACGAUCUGUUAUGCGAAGAUGGGGGCUUUGAUGCAAAGCAGUUUCUUUAUCGCUAAGACAUCAGAAUACUUCGCAGAAUUCAGACCCCUCGUCCAGAACUGGGUCACCAUGGUUUACAGUGCGAAUAGGCGCGAAGAUUCGGUAGAGAUGACCCACGCUGGAGUCCUCGGCAUACUUGAUGUGUUUAUGAGAUCUAUUGGUAACAAACUACCUCCUUCAGGACAAUCUCAGAGUCUUCAUCCACAAUCAGUACCUUUGACUCUUCGCACCCCCCCAGCAGGGCCAUCCGAGCCCUUACUACGUCGUUCCGCUCGUCUUAGCACAUCAUUAGCCCCUCAUCCUUCGAUAUCCACUGCAGGGCCUUCCGAGCCUUCGUCGCGUCGUUCCAAAAAGAGCAAACGAACCACUCGGAAGAAGCACUGA